AUGAAAGUUGUGGCGUUAAUAAGCGGUGGUAAAGACAGUUGUUACAACAUGAUGCAGUGCGUGGCCGCCGGGCAUUCAGUUGUCGCUCUUGCCAACCUGCGCCCAGCUCACAAUACAGAUGAAUUAGACAGUUACAUGUAUCAGACUGUUGGCUUUCAGGCCAUUGACCUGUAUGCAGAGGCUAUGGGUCUUCCUCUCUACAGGCGGACCAUAGAAGGUCACAGUUUGGAUACUGAGAAAGAGUACACUCCCACAGAAGGGGAUGAGGUAGAAGACCUGUAUCAUCUUCUGAAGCUGGUCAAGGAAAAGGAGGGAGUAGAAGCUGUGUCAGUUGGGGCCAUUUUGUCUGACUACCAAAGAGUUCGUGUGGAAAAUGUGUGCUGUAGGCUAAGGCUCCAGCCUCUUGCCUACCUGUGGCGCCGGGAUCAGGCGGAGCUGUUGUCGGAGAUGAUAUCGAGUGACAUCCACGCCCUCCUCAUCAAAGUGGCCGCUUUCGGCCUUGAUCCUGAGAAGCAUCUUGGAAAAUCUCUGGCCCAGAUGGAAGACUAUCUGAAACAGCUUUCUGAGAAAUACGGAGUUCAUAUAUGUGGAGAGGGAGGAGAGUAUGAGACGUUUACCACAGACUGUCCUCUAUUCAAGAAAAGGAUUGUCAUUGAUUCCAUGGAGACGGUUAUCCACUCCGCAGAUGCCUUUGCCCCCGUUGGUUACCUGCGUCUCACACAGAUGCAUACGGAGGACAAAAGCAGCGUGAGUGCUAAUACUCUACCCCUUGAUACUUGUCCUUGCCAAAGCGCUAUUGACAAGGUGACUGAAGAGGCAGAAUAUGCUGAUAAGACCCGAGACGUCCAGGAAGAAUUUACAUCAGCUGCUGACCUUACUUGUCAACAGGGCCAUGAAUGCCAGCCUUCUAGCUCACCCAGAAGCUCACUGGGCUAUCAGUGGCUGGCCGGCAUUAGCGGCCUACAGUGUGAAAAACCAGACAUCCAGAUCCAAACCCGGCAGGCCUUUCAAACGCUGCAAGGUAUGCUGAAGGAAAGAGGAUUUGAGCUAAAGCACGUGGUCCUGGUUCACCUUUACGUGAGAGACAUGGAACAUUUCAGUAAAGUGAACUCUGUCUACAGCUCCUUCUUUGGUCACAACCCACCUGCCAGGGUGUGUGUUCAGGCCCCAUUGCCUCCUGGGCAGCUCCUUCAGAUGGACUGCUUGCUCCAUGACUGGACCCAGGGUAUCCAGGAGGAGGACAUGAGCCAGAGGAGGAGAGAAACUCUCCAUGUUCAGAGCCUUUCUCAUUGGGCCCCAGCCAACACAGGGCCCUACAGCCAAGCCGUACGGGUGGAGGAGAGCGUGUUCUGCGCUGGUCAGAUCGCCCUUAUUCCCUGCACCAUGAAGCUUCUGGAUGGAGGCGCGGGCAGUCAGAGUCAGCUCUGCUUUAGCCACAUGGAGAAAGUUCUGGAAGUGAUGGGGUCUCACCUGACCCUGGCCCAUGCCCUGCAAGCCCACUGCUAUGUCACCCACAGCAGACACAUCCCCACCGUCACUGCUGCCUGGAACAAGAAACUACGGGAAAUCCACACCGAGGAGAAUUCUUACGGUGAAACGGAGAUGCAGACGGGUCCCCUGGUGGUUUCUGUAGUCCCGUCCUUACCCAGAGGUGCGUCAGUAGAGCUGCACGUCAUCGCCGCCCACGACGAUCCCAGAGACAGGACUUCCUUUCACAUGAGCGCCGAAGUCCCGGGCUGCUCCGUCGACUGGCAGGUCAUACAGUCAAGCAGCUGCCAGUGUGGCACUUUGUCUCUGCACGUGUCCCCGUGUGGGCCCACCCUAGUCCCAGACAUCCAGACUGCAGACCCUGUUCUCGCAUCGCUGGCCUCCGCGUUCCAGGACACAGCGCAGAAGAUGGAGGGUCGUCUCUUGCUGCUGUGUGCCAGGGUUUUCUACAGGAGCAGUAAUGCUCUGGCCAGAGAGAUUGCAACAAGGCUCGCAGGCUGUCUGAAGACUGUUCUGGGCCAGAGGACUCCGGCCGUGGUGCUGGUUCCGGUUUGGGACCUGCCAGACAGACGCCUCCUCCACGUCUCCUGCUGGCUUAGCGCGUAAUGAAGUAUGGACCGCAGAGGCGUUAAGCAUCAGUGGACUCAGGCUAUUUCUGUGGGACAGAACACUCCAGGACCUCCUGCUGCCCACUCCAGACUGCCGCACAGAUGACCUCACACCCAUGAGUGGAAGUUUU